GGGGGGGGGGGGGGGCAUAAAGACCUGUGGACUUCAAAGGAGAAACGCGCAAAUAAACCUCCCGGCUCCCGUUAUUGGCUCCUCGUUUGGCGAGAUCCAUAACUUGGGCUCGUUUCUGCUGGAGGAGCCGAAGAGGAGGCUGUUGUGAACGCUGUGCAUAAGGAACAUAUUUCCUUUUUUUUUUUUUUAAAGUGGGUCUUCCCUCAUUGGAGCAGCGCAUUACAGAGAAAUGAGCCCGGGGCCAUUGGUCCUCCUUCGGAGACCUCCAAACUAGCCCCGUGGAAUAUAAAUAAUAAUAGUUAUUUCUCUCUUGAAUAAGUGGAGCAGCGACAUUAAACAAAUGAACGUGGACUGUCGCCUCCACUCAUGAAAAAUGAAGAUCUUUACUCGCACAUGUGUUGUCAGAACCCAAGAUCACGUUAUUUAGUGGUCUGCGUUUUUUCCAAGGCUCGCGCAGCCGACAUCACAAACUUGGCUGGGAAGAUAUUCAUAAAUGUAUUGCUCCCCCCGGUUCACGGGGGGCAACGUUGAAUCAGUUGGCUAUAUUGGACCUUAAUUUUUUUUAGGAUUUUGUCCAGUACUUUUGAUAUUCCAACUUUUCUUUUUUUGAGAAGCUUGAAGAGUUGAGCUCAACUUAUCUUCAAGUCAAAAUGAGACGCUGGACUCUAAAGCUGCGAGCACAAAUUGUGUUUUUUAUCAUCGGCACCUGCAUUAUAUGCCAGUGUGGACUAAUAAACGGAGAAAUCUGCCAGAGUAAGGACAUCCGGAACAAUGUGACCAACCUCCAGUCGCUGGAGAACUGCACCAUCAUCGAGGGCCACCUGAAGAUCCUGCUCAUGUUUAAGACCAAGACUGAGGACUUCCGGGGCCUCAGCUACCCAAAGCUGCGAGUGGUGACCGACUAUGUGCUGCUGUUCCGGGUCUACGGCCUGGAGAUCCUCAGCGAGAUCUUCCCCAACCUGACAGUGAUCCGCGGAAACAACCUCUUCUUCAACUACGCUCUCGUGAUUUACGAGAUGCUGCAGCUGAAAGAGGUGGGCCUCCACAGCCUCAUGAAUAUCACCCGGGGCGCUGUGAGGAUUGAGAAGAAUCCAGACCUGUGCUACCUUUCCACCCUGGACUGGUCCAAGAUCCUGGACUCGGUGGAGGACAACUUCAUCGUGGCCAAUAAGAACGACAGGGAGUGUGGAGAUGUGUGUCCCGGCACGGCCCAAGGUCAAACCAUCUGCCCACAGAACACCAUCAACGGACACUUCAGGGGACGAUGCUGGUCGCAGAACUACUGCCAGAGAAUGUGCUUGGACAACUGUAAGCAUAGUGCGUGUAGCCUCCAGGGCCAGUGCUGCCAUGACCAGUGCCUGGGCGGCUGUGCCGGGCCAGGUAAUGCAAGCAGCUGCGUGGCCUGCAGGAACCUCCAGCAUGGGAACACCUGUGUGGAAAAGUGUCCUCCUGGAUACUAUGUCUUCAGAGGCUGGCGCUGUGUCAGCUUCUCCUUCUGCCAGGAGCUCCACAACCAGUGUAAGCAGACUAAGAAGUUGAACCAGGACCGAGAGCUGGGCUGCUACGAAUAUGUCAUACACAAUGGGGCCUGUAUUCCAGAGUGUCCCUCUGGAUACACCACUAUCAACUCCACUACUUUGACCUGUUCGCCAUGUGCAGGACUGUGUCCCAAACUGUGUGCGGGAAACAAGACGAUUGACUCUGUAACUUCAGCCCAGGCUUUGAGAGGCUGCACUGUUCUGCACGGCAACAUGAUCAUCAAGAUUCGAGGAGGAAAUAACAUUGCAGCUGAACUGGAGGCUAGUUUGGGCCAGCUUGAGGAAAUCACAGGCUUCUUGACUGUUCGCAGAGCCUACGCCCUGGUCUCCCUGUCCUUCCUCCGCAAACUACGUAUUAUUAGGGGGGAGCAUCUUGAGGGAGAUGUCUUCGCCCUCUAUGCGCUGGACAACCAGAACCUGCGUGAGCUGUGGGAUUGGUCCAAGCACAACCUGACCAUCUAUCGUGGUCGUACGUUCUUCCACUACAACUCCAAACUUUGCAUGUCUGAAAUCAGAAAGAUGGAGGAGGUGACGGGAACCAAGGAGCGCAACCAAAAGAAUGACAUCGCUGUACGCAACAACGGGGAACAAGCCUCCUGUGAGACCAAGCUGCUGAAGUUCACCGUGAUCAAGACCUUAUCAAAUAUGAUUAUGCUGAAGUGGGAGCCCUUUUGGCCUUUAGACUUCAGAGACUUGUUGGGCUUCAUGGUUCUCUACAAAGAAGCGCCGUAUAAGAAUGUGACGGAGUUUGAUGGACAGGACGCAUGUGGCUCUAACAGCUGGGCGAUUGCUGAUGUCGAUCCUCCGUCCCGUUCCACGGACAGCAAGAAGGCGGAAGAUCCGGGACACCUGAUCCGACCGCUGAAGCCCUGGACCCAAUAUGCCAUUAUGGUCAAAACCCAACUGUCUGCAUCUGACGAGGACCAGGUUCAUGGAGCCAAGAGCGAGAUCAUCUACGUCCGCACCAAUGCCACCAAACCCUCUGUGCCUCUGGACCCCAUCUCCUCCUCCAACUCCUCCUCUCAGAUCAUCCUGAAGUGGAAGCCUCCCACCAGUCCUAACGGCAACAUCACCCACUACCGCGUCAUCUGUCGCAAACAGGCGGAGGACAGCGACCUCUACAAGUUUGACUAUUGCCUACAAGGAAUGAAGCUGCCGUCUCGUACCCCGACCCACCUGGACAGUGAAGAUGAGCAGAAGUGGAACCACACAGACGAGCCCACCUCAGGGGGCAGGUGCUGCGCCUGCCCCAAGACUGACAACCAGCUGAAGAAGGAGCAGGAAGAGAUAGAGUAUCGCAAGACCUUCGAGAACUACCUCCACAAUGAGGUCUUUGAGAGCAGGCCAUCUCGUCGCCGGCGUUCAGUGGGAGUUGCCAACGCCACCUUGCCCUCUUUCUUCCUCACCGCAGUCCCCAGUCUGGCUUUCGGCUCCACCACAGCCACCCCUGAGGACGAAGACGAGGAGGAGGAGGGAUCCAAGGUGGAGCUAAAGGUGUCUUCAAAGGAGUCAACACUCAUCUCCAACCUGCAACACUUUACCAGUUAUAAGAUCGAGAUCAUGGCCUGCAACCAUGUAACAGACCUCAAACGCUGCAGCAUGGCUACUUAUGUCAGUGCUCGAACUAUGCCAGAGGAGAAAGCAGACGACAUCCCGGGCCCUGUGACCCAUGAGAUAGUGACGGCCGAGCCUCCCUAUGUGUUGAUCAAAUGGAACUCCCCUCGCUCCCCUAACGGCCUCAUCAUUCUGUAUGAGGUGUUCUACAGAAAGGUCGGAGACUCAGAGGUUCACACAGCUUGUGUGUCACGGCCGGCGUACCUCAAGUCAGGGGGCACAAAGCUUUCCCUUGUGCAACCUGGAAACUACAGCGUGAGGGUCCGCGCCACUUCCUUGGCUGGAAAUGGCUCUUUUACAGAAACCACUUACUUCUUCAUGCCCAAUUCGGAUCCAGGUUUAAUUUGGAUUGUGAUGGGUCCAGUCAUCUGCUUCAUCCUGCUGCUCUUCGUGGGAGGCGGAGUCUUUGUGAUCCUCAAAAAGAGGCAAACAGAAGGCCCGACCGGACCUCUCAUCGCCUCCUCAAACCCGGAGUACAUCAGCACCAAUGAUGUGUAUGUUCCUGAUGAGUGGGAGGUGCCCCGGGACAAGAUCACGGUGCUCAAAGAGCUGGGUCAGGGCUCCUUCGGCAUGGUGUACGAGGGAAUCGCCAAGGACAUCAUCAAAGGAGACCCGGACACACAAGUAGCCGUCAAGACGGUCAAUGAAUCGGCCAGUCUGCGCGAGAGGAUCGAGUUCCUCAACGAAGCCUCCGUCAUGAAGGCUUUCAGCUGUCACCACGUGGUACGUCUGUUAGGUGUGGUGUCCAAAGGUCAGCCGACCCUGGUCGUGAUGGAGCUGAUGACCCACGGGGACCUGAAGAGCUACCUGCGUGGUCUCAGGCCGGACUCUGAGCACAACCCCACAGGCCGCUCACCACCUACGCUGAAGGAGAUGAUCCAGAUGGCUGCAGAAAUUGCGGAUGGCAUGGCCUACCUCAACGCCAAGAAGUUUGUCCACAGAGACCUGGCAGCCAGAAACUGCAUGGUGGCGGAAGACUUCACCGUCAAGAUUGGAGACUUUGGUAUGACCCGAGACAUCUAUGAGACUGACUACUACCGUAAGGGAGGUAAGGGCCUGCUUCCUGUCAGGUGGAUGGCUCCAGAGUCUCUGAAGGACGGAGUCUUCACUGCCCACUCUGACUGCUGGUCAUUUGGCGUUGUGCUGUGGGAGAUCAGUACGCUAGCCGAGCAGCCAUACCAGGGUUUAUCCAACGAACAGGUUCUAAAGUUUGUCAUGGAUGGAGGAAUCCUGGACCGGCCGGACAUUUGCCCCGAGAGGAUGCACAGCCUAAUGCAGAUGAGUUGGCAGUACAACCCCAAGAUGCGGCCGUUGUUCCAGGAGAUCAUCGAGAUGCUGCGGGCGGAACUGCACCCGUCUUUCCAUGAGUGUUCCUUCUUCUACAGCGAGGAGAACAAAGUCCCCGAGACAGAGGAGUAUGACCUGGACCUGGACAACAUGGAGAGCAUCCCAUUGGACCCGUCUUCAUACUCCCAGAGAGAGGAGAGCUUAGGCAGGGACAAAGGGCCCUCGGUGGCCCUCAGGGGGAACUAUGAGGAGCAUGUCCCCUACACACACAUGAACGGUGGCAAGAAAAACGGACGAAUCUUAUCGUUGCCCAGAUCCAGCCCUUCCUAACAUUUCCUGUUUUUACAAAAAAGACCUUGUUUAACCUUCCCCUCAUCCUCUUUCUCUUCCAGUCCAUUUUUUUCUGUAUCUUUCAUGUUCCUCUCAUCAUUUUCUAAUGAUUUUCGUAUUCUUGGAGAAGCCCUUCAAAAAAGAAACAGAUCUCAGGACUUUUUAUUUUCUUCCUCAUGGCUGCCGCACACAGGCAGGCGAGGAAUGCAAACACGGUGUAACUCUUUUUUAACUUCCUCAGCAACACAUCGGACUUUCUAUUACCACAUUACCUAUCUAUUGUUUUUCACUAUUGCCACGUUUCCAGGACUCCUUCUGAUGGAAACAGAGAGAAAAAACAAAACUGUGAACACAACAAACCUUAGAAAACCAAGAAGGCUGCUUAUGCUCAACCUCCUCCAGACUUGUCCCUCCCUUUCUCCCCACCAAUCUGCAUUUCCACAUUUCUGUGCUUUGUUUUUUUUUUUUUUCUCCAAGUGAAAUCUUUUUACUCAGAUAGUGGCCUUUUUGUAUGUGGCCUAUAAACAAAGAGAAGUGUCUAUCAGCGCUUAUACUAAUUUCCCUUUGAACAAUUACUUAAUCUGUUUGGAACAGUGGGAUGACUUUCAAAGACUUGAUUCUAGAACAAACAUCUAUUCCUAGAGGAAUGUUUUCUUAUUUUUUAUUUUUCUGGUUCUGCAGAAUUCCAAACUACACACAAAUUCAUCGGGUGUUUGGUGAAUAGUUCUAAUUUAUUUGCUUUUUAUUGUUGUUUUCUCUUCUCUUUUCCUCUUCUCUUUCUCAGUUUUAUUUCUGUGUCCUCACUAUAUGGCUGAAGGAUAUUUAAACAGUUAAGAAUUUGACAAAAGAGUUCCUCAGACUGACCAAUAGCUGCUGCUUUGAUAUAUUUUAGUGGGUAUAUAAAUAUAUAAAUAUAUAUAAUAUAUAUAUAGUAUAUAUGGAAUAUUGGUAUUUCUGUACCAGUAUUUCAUAUGUAAUAUAUGGCAUAUUGAUGUUUUUGUAAAUAGUUCAUAUUUGUAAUAUUUUCAUCAGAAGCUUCGCUAGUAUUUUGUUUUGCCAGGUUUUUUCUUUCUGGGUUUUUUUAAUUUUCUUAUUUUUAUAGCCCAAGAAAUCACACUAAUCUACCAUCAGUGCUCUCUGUGUCUUAGCCUCCAGUCCCUCUUGAUUACUCUCUGUUUGCGCGGAUGGGAAAGGAGAAAGCCCACGAAAUAUCGUCAGAUCCCUCAUUUGUUUGUUUUUUUAAAAACCUUGUUCCCUCUGAGGAGGAAACUUUACUACAGCAAUGGAAAAAAUACGAAAUAACCAAAAAAAAAGCUUUAUAAAAGGGGUUUAAGGUCUUUCUAGGUGGAAGUGCACCUGAUGUUUGUUUGUCUCUGUGUGUCUCUCUGGUCAGAUCACGCUGGAGCUGAGGUCUUUAUGUGUUUGUUAUCACAGGUUUAUUAUGUCUUUCACGUGAUUGUGCUGGUUGUCCAGGUUGUCGUUAACCGUCAGCGAGGUGAGAGAGUGUGAAGAGCUCGUCCUUUGCCUGGCGAUUGUACUUCCUUGUGUUGGUGUAACAGUGGUGGCUUUUCAAUGAACUAGUGUGGGUGCUGCUCGGAUCACGGCAAGAAGGGGAAUUAACAACCGCUCACAGCCAAACGCAGGGGAAUUGAAAACGAUGAGGCCCUUCUUUAAAAAAAAAAAAGUCUUGUCUGCAUUAAACGCCCUUAUUAUUUAAAUUGAAGAGCAGUAGCCUUCCCCUCACAUCUCACCUGAGACCUGGUUCAGUUCAGGACCUCAGUUUUGGAUUCUCUAUUAAAUUCACACAUUAUAUUCCCCCUCUCAUUGUCGUUCGGUUUUGCUCUGCACCACACACACCUCCCGCACGCUCUCCCUCCUCAGGCUUCUUCAGGCUUCUCAUUGGCUGCUGAACUCACUGCUCAAAAUCAGGCUAUUGGAAAUUUCCACGUUUUGUGGUCGAGGGGCUGGAGAGAAAUACGGAAAGUUCCAACUGUGUUCAGAGUCCACAGCAGGUAGUGGAGAGAGGGGCAGUCUUUCUCUCAGAGAGAGAGGGGGGGGGAGAGUGAGUGAUUGUUAAUCCUAUUAUUCUCUCUGCUAUCACAUGCAGUUGGGCCGUCAGGACACAGUGUGCAGCAGCUAUUUCACUCAGGUCUGACAUUCCAGGAUUUAGUUGGAACUGCUCGUUCCCUCGUUGCCCCCCCCCCCCCAAAAAAAGCUGAUACCAUCACCACACCCCAGAGCUCACACAUGAAAGACUUUGUUUUUCCUUCUUAAUAAUCGAAUAGCUGAAGUGUGUCCCUCCUGCUUGGAAUCAAAAACAUUCCUGCCAACCUGCGAGUGAAUGAGUUGCCGAUCCCUCAUUAACAACAUGAGUUCUCGAUGACCUCUAUUCGGAGCCCAAAGGCCGUCAGCGCUUCACAACAGAUCCCCCGUGAUCGCUCCUCUCUCGCUGUCUAACCGCAGCAGUUGAUGAUUUGAGAGGCGAUAGUCAGCAGACUGGACACGACCGGUGUGUUUGCCAAUCUAGCCGAAAAGCAUUCAGCACUUAUAGUAUAGCCAAAGUGUUGGCAGCUUCUGUCAACAAGGAGAACCCCACAGAAUCAGAGUCAGAGAAAGCAGAGAAGCUGCCUCCAUAUUUUACCAGUGCCUUCUCAAACCCAGAGCCACGUCCAGGCUAGUUAUAUCGGCUAGUUACGCACACACACACACACACACACACACACACAUACACACACACACGCGGGCACACGCGCACACACAGGCCUCUGUGCUCUCUCUCUGCAUGUCUUCUCAUGAGGCUUUUUACAUUUGUGUUUGUAGAGUUACAAUGUUGUUCUUUGCUGGAAGAGAAGUAGAAGUCUGUGGGGCAGUUUUAUUUUAACAUUUUGUAUUAAUCGUUCUAGCUUGUUGCCAGAAUAAGGUCUGAACAUUAAUGUUCUCCUAGUGCUUAAGCGGUGACACUGGGGUUUGGCCAGAGUCUGUGCUGUUGUGCACUCAUAGGCGCCCGAGGUUAUGAUGUAGAUUUUAGCUAAUUAUUCUGAGGAGCUACAAUCUUGGGCUUUUGUACUUUGUAAAUAAUUUGUGACAUAGUUUGGAAAUUAAAGCAGAAAAAAGAUAUAUAAAAAAUUUAAAAGAAAUCUGAUGCCCGUCAGUUUUGCAUACAUGACAGAAAAAUGGUGGACCUCAGCUGUGUCCCAAUUCCACACUACAUACUAAAACUAAAUUCUUAUUUUAGGUCGCAGUUAGUCCAUCUUUGUAUACACUACAUACUCAAAAAUCCAGUUAGAAUUAGUAUGAACUAUCGAAAUGGGACACAGCUCUUGUCUCCACCUUGACCUAGGUUGCUUAUCUUGUGGUGGUGUUCACAUGCAUAUGCAAUUUUUAAUUAAGAUGGUGCCCAUAUCUUUGAAAUACCAGAUAUUUAUUUUAUUAUGAUCAUUGUCAUUGUAUAAGAAGAACACAGUUAGCUUUUUAGUCGAGCAUUUUUACGAUGUUUGAGAGUAGAGCGAUGUAAAAGCCUAGUUUGUACAGGUGGUGUAGUUACUUAGUUGGUUAGUUAGUUAGUAAGUAAUUGUGUCGUCUUAGUGUUUGGCCAGAGUCUACCUCAGUGCAUAUGGAGGAAUCAGUCUAAAGAGCCUAAAUCAUCCCCGUCAGUCUCUCAAUAUCCAAUCAUUUCAAAUAAUAUGACUUUAUCGUACAUUACCAACCCUGCAGAUUAAUUCCUUUCCCUUGUGGUGUAUUAAACCCCUCUCCCUCCGUGUUUUCUCAGUUUUCUCUUCUUGCGUGCCGGGGGAAGCUGUCACUGACCCCUGCAGUGUGUGGAUAUUGUUGGGAUAUUUUGUCCCUUCUCUGUUUUUAAAUGUCUUGAUUUUGGAGUUUAGGGACAAGCGUAAGAUAUACAACUAUUAUCCCUUAUACUUUCCUUAUACUUUUUCACCCUGAGCACUUAUUAUAUGUGGAACAUAAGGCAGUUAAUUGGCUUAAUGGGCAGUCAUUUUCACUGUUGCUACAGGUUACUCAGAUGAGGCUUACCCGGGCGCUGGAAGAAGCUGUGUAGCUUUAUUGUGUAUAUUUGCCUUUUCCGCAUUCACCAAUCCUCUGGACUGUAUGCAGUAGUGGCUGUACUGGUUUCUGGGGAUGUGACAUUAACCUGAAUAUCUUGGCUCUGAAUGCAUAUCUGUGAUCACCCAAGCUCAGCCCUGGACCCUGGCUUUUUUAAAUCACAUCUAUGCCCGGUUGUCUGGUACAAAGCCCUACUCUUCUUCCUCAGUCUGUCAAUCUGUCUCUUUGUGGUCAAAACGGUUUGCGUUCAAAUCUCACAUCUCCUCCAGUCGUGGUCGGUUUAUUUGUCUGUUUCUCUGUGCUGAUUUUUGUUUUGUAUGUAUAUUUUUUCUACUGUGAAUAUCAAGAGAUAACCUUUAUUUCCUGUCAAUGACGUGGAUUGAUUGGGUCUGUUUUGGCUGAUCAGGACACUGACAAAAAGUUUUAACGAGGAGGACGCCCCCCCCCCCCGCCCCCCCCCUUUUGCAAAGAAAAAAGAGCUGGACUGGGACAAUCCUGUGUGCCAUAAGAACUAUUAACAGACAUGAAAUCUAGAUUGUAACUUUUCGUCUCAGGGGCCUGGUCUCAGGCGGCUUGAUGCUUUGUGGUUGGAGGAUAAAGAGGACGAGGAGGAAGAAGAGCGACCUACCUACCUUUUAUCUACUCUGAAGUGCAACUUCACAACAUCCUUGCAAAAAUAAAAAAUGGAGAUGAUAACUUCAAGGACAAGUUUUCAACAACAAAAACCCAAACACCCUUUUCAUAAAUCUGUAAACCUUCUGCCCCGUUUGCAGAUGGUUAGGAAUCCUCCUCUCUCUGUUGUGAUGCGGUUUAGACUGCCCUCCAGCGGUUGGAUGGGAGCAUUGCAGGUCAGGGGGUGGCAAAGCAAACAGGGCCCCCGACCCAGAGUGCCUUGCUCAGACUAACGGCCCAAACAAGAAAUAAAAACACAGGAAUAAUGUGUGUAUGCAUUCUGUGUUCUUUAGUUGUAAUGGCAGAAAAAACAACAUUCUCACUGCUGAGUGGGAAAAUGCUGUAAUUUGGAUUUUAUGACAGUUGACCUUGUGUCUCUAAAAUAAUCGUCUAUAUCGGAUAAUUUGAUGCUUACUGAUCAUUCUGUUUUGACAGCAAGGCCCCAAACAACAGGCAAACAACAAUGAUUAGCAACAAGUGAUUGCAUUACAAUUUGGAGAUUUCCAUUUUGAAUGCAAUUUGUUGUAAAGAACAGAUUAAUAAGCUCUCAAAUUUAAAUAGCAUCAAAUCUCCUUGCCCCCCCCCUAAAAACGAAAGUACUUGAUUUUUAGGGAAGUUUAGGUUUGUUUUGUUGAACUCUGAUCCCAAAAAGCGGUUGGUACAGAGCAUAAUAAUAACACAGCGCAGGGUGAGAACAAAGCAUUGUAUGUAUUAUCGUUUUGUUUUAAAGCAAAGAAAAAAGUAUUACAUUUUAGAGAUGUUGAUUUCUAAUUUUCUUUUUUUUUUGCCAAAGUAUGGAGGGCAAAUACAAUUACUUUUUUCUGACUGCAAACUUUUACUACUCUUGUACAUUAUGAAUUUAACAUGGUUAUCAAUGUGUAUAUUACUUUUUUUUCUAAAUUUCAAAAGAUUUUUGUUUUUGUUUUCAUGACACAGAACAGCAGAGUCCAGUCUGUCGAUGUAUUUAACAGGAGCAGCACAACUCCAGUCCGAGGGCUUUCCCCUGUGUAACCACACAUACGCAGCACGUGGCCUCAAACCAUUCGCAAUGAACCCGGCUUUUAAUCCGAUGCAUGUUCUGAAUGUUGUCAUGCAUUUCAACCGCCCAGCCACAGUAGCAUGUCACCCAUAAAGCCUUUCUUGUGUCACAAAUAUGUCACCUAUCACAAAUGUUGUUGUAUGAAAUUGUUUCUGACAAAAUGUGUGUUUAGUUUGCUAAUGUGUUAUUUUUUUUGUUUUUUUUUGUAUGUGAAAAACUGGAAAAGACCACUGCACAUCCUUUUGAAGAAGAGGAAACAUGAGUGAUAAUAUCCUGAAUAAGCUAAUAAACAAAAAAAAAAUAAGAGAAAAGGAGAGAAAAAAAAAAGGAAACUGAUGGUUCAAACAACCACACGUCGUUAAGUUUAGACUGUAAAGCUGGAGGUGUUAAAGGAAUACUAUUUUGGGAAAUAGGAAAUUUGUCCAACAGUAACAAAAGCUUUCUUUUAUUUUGUACAAACACUGAAUUGUAAAAACGUCAAUUUCAAUUGUUUUGUGAAUUACCCGACAAAAGAAACUUUUCCUUAAACCGCAAACCAUCCUAAAAAUGACAAUUUUAAACGAUAUUCCUUUUCCGAAUUAACAAACGAGACAUCAUGUGUUAAUGAGUGAGUUUACCCGAGUCAGGCUAGCUGUGUCCCCACUGUGCUAUGCUAAGCUAACCAGCUAACUAGCAGUGGCCUUUCUGUAAGGGAACACACGUAUUUCCCAAAAUAUCCAACUUUUCAGCAUAAAGGUGAAACACCUUCAGCUAUGAAUGAAUAUACUGUCUGACAGUAGUGUUGUGAUGAACUGUUCAUAUUUGUGUUAUUGAUCAGGGAGAGAUCCGCUGUUGUUUAAAGGUCGACAGUGGGGGGGGGCGUUGCCGCUGUGGUGACAAAUCUGAGGAAAAUCAGCUUCUUCUUUAGUUUUAGGAGUCAUCUGUCGGUCCAGUGGUCUGCUCCAGUUUAUACACCAAUACCUUAUAUUUAUCUCUAUCCUGUUUCCUGUGCUGUGCGUUGUUUAAAUCAAUGGAUUAAUGUCCGUGUUGUCCUCUGUUGAAGUCUUUACCACGGCUUUCUUUGUCUUUGAUCGCUGCUCCUCCCGCUCCUCUCCUCUGUCCUUCAAGUCUUUCUCUCCUCAGUGCACAUAGGUGGUCCCCAGAAUGCUGUGUGUAGUCUUGCAGGAUACCUCUUUAUCAAUGUCAUUUAUUGCCGAUGAAUAUGCUGAUGUAUUAAUUUUGGGAUAUGUUGUGUAUACAUUAUGUUGAGACAUCGGUGCGUAUGCAGACAGCAGGAAUAUGUGUGUAUGUACAGUCCAAAAAAACCCAAACCCGCAACCCACAGAUAUUGCUUCAUCCCUCACACUGGAUCCAAAUGUGCCAUUAUCUUUAUGUAUCACAGAUAUCAACAUAUUGAACACACACACAUACAGACAGAAAUACAUGCAUAUUGUACAGGAUCAAAAAUGUGCCAUGACUAAAUGAACGCUUGACAAUUUAUUUUUUCUAUGUUUUCAAAGGAGAGCCAAGUAGUGACAUGUACAGAAAAUGUUGCAAUGAUAUGAAAAUAAAAAUCUUGCUGUGUGUAAAUUAUUCAACAAUUAACUGUUUAUAUUAAAAUUAUGAAUAAAAUUA